AUGGGGCCUCGACUGGACCAAGUCAAAAGCCUAUCACGCCGACUUAGUCAUUCCCGUCGUGCUUCGUCAAGGAAGCCCGAUAAGCAUACGAAUAUUAAGAGCAGCACUUCCAAGGAAGACACGGCAGACGUGGAAGGAAGACUUGUGGCAGCACUGGCAGAAUAUUCUGCCGCAUCGGUCCAGCCGUUCGACCAGGAGCACCUCGGAGACACGAUGGGCUCGCAGAACAGCGGCCAAGUGACCUGGUCUUGGGCUCCAGAAUAUGUGAAUCACAUUCAGCCAGGGUCGUCUUCUCUUUAUACUGGCGGCACCUGGAACAAUCCUGUCGACUUGACCAUGGCCACCCCGCGCUCGAAUCAGGAUUCGGCCGAAGCGAUUUCGGCCAUUCCCUCGCCGUUCGUGCACUCUUGCGAGACUGAUCGGAAGCUCACUUCUCCCUUGCCACCUCUUGCGCCAGGUAGGCUGUCGCCAAGAUCCUUCGAGUUAUAUCAAGAGCCAUCCUGGCCACCUCCGCAGCCUCUUUCGCCCCUGAACACUCCACAUUCGAAUCCCGCGACAAACGCACCCGCCCUACAAAACUCAACAGACAAAUCCCCGGCCUUUGUGUCCCCGUCAAUGGCUAGCGGAUCGCACAGUUUCAGUUUUCCAUUGCACCAAGCAGCAUCAUUCAUCCCUGAACUGCCAUCAAAUCUGGAUAAUGCGAGUUACUUUAUGGAGCAGAUCCUCAAGGAUGAGGAACUUGCGCAAGCCUUGCAGCUCCAGUAUAAUCAAGAGCUGGUAGACGCGUCCGCAACGGGGAAAGAGACAGACAUGGACAUUGGAGCGGCUCCGUUGAGUGAUUCGACAGGGCAUGGUGGUUUCAUUCUCCCUAACGUGGGCUUCGACGUACUCCCUGAUCCCUGCUUCCCAGGGCACCCAGGAACACUGGCACCAGAUGCACCGACUGAGAUGGAAAUCGACACGUCUUCCAGGGUACUUUCCCCACCACCUCUUUCUGUUGCUAAUGAGGACGAAGAGGACUGGGCCGAGAUUCCCGAGGAAGAACAGAUCUGUCUUGAGCAGCUAAGGCAAUACACCAGGUCGCUCAAUGUUCCUUGCGCGGCGUGCAGCAGAAGAAUCACCACACGACAAGAAGACAUCCCGGAUAUGACACGGAAGUGGGUUGCCAGCACAGAACCUUCCCAAUCAUGGGGCUUCGCUUCUCAGCACAUAUCGCCGCUUUCUCUCCCAUCCACCAAGAUCAGCGUUGGGGGCAUGGAGUUUCUGGUCUACUACUGUUGUGACGGUGGGCGAGAGUUUGCGCUGUGGGCUCUUGCGUGUGGGUGGGAGCAGUUCCCCUCGAGAUCUCUGAAACAGGCGGUUGUCAAUAAGUUGCGAUCACACAGACCACAAACCACCUGGCAUACCCAGGGAGGCAGUCCAUCACAUGCUCGGCACUCUCGUAAUUUGUUCCACAGAACUCCAAUCGUAGCCAAAGGCACGGGUUAUGGGGGCGCUGAUGCCUGGUCGAUGCCAUUCGGACCCGGCAGGAGGCAGAAAGCUGUCAACACCAUAAUAGCACCAAAGCCCCUAGAUGCCAAAGAGGAUCUAGCGCAUGAGGCCUAUUUUCGACUGGUAUCUGUACUUCUGCCGUCCCUCAACGCACCAAACCCUACGAACAUAGAUAUGACGCCGCCCAUUCAUCUCAGUACCAUGCUGGCUCGGAGUCCACUUAUGACCCGCGCAGCUGUUAUGCUUACGAAUGAUUCGAUCGACGACAUUUCGAAGCAGCACAGCUUAUAUGACGGCAUGCUUGAUUUUGUCAAUGCGUUAGGCUGCCACACGGCAACGGCAGGUUUAAUCUAUAACCAGCGCCAAAUAUUCACGAAGUCAGGAUCAAUGCUUAAUGUUUCUUUCCGGAAAGACGGGCAGAAGACCAAAGUCACACCACGAGACACUGGGAAAUCUUUGGCAGACCUGCUCUCGCGCCUUGCCACACAAGGGAGGACUUUACGGCAACAUGCACAACACAAUCAACAUGACUUCAUGGGCAAGAACGAGACUGAUUUGUUGCUCUGGGCCGAACGCGUUGUUCAAAUAUCGGCUUUCCACCAGGCGAACUCGCAACAGUUCAAAGCUAAUGAGAUGGAUAUCGAUGGUGGGAAAGGGAAGAAGCCUGCGACACUUAGCUGGAGCGAGUAUCAUCGGGAACAUGCCGUCAGGGAAAUUGAAGACGAUCGUAUUCUUCACAACCACUACUUCUCAAAACAAGCCAGCGCUGCUGCAACCUCACUACCACCGAAAGGGCGCAUGAAACGCCUCAUUACCGAGAUAUCUACGUUACAGACAUCUCUGCCAGAGGGAAUAUUUGUCAUCCAUGGGAGCUCGAGACUUGAUGUGAUGAAGUUUUUGAUCAUCGGGCCCAAAGGUACGCCCUACGAGUACGGCUUCUUUGAAUUUGACUUGUACUGCCCUGUGGACUACCCGUCAAGCCCUCCGAAGGUUCAGUUCAAGACGACGGGAGGCGGUAAGAUUAGAUUCAACCCGAACCUGUAUGAUGAUGGCAAAGUAUGUCUGUCGCUGCUAGGUACAUGGUCCGGCGAGCCUUGGCGGUCUGACCACUCCACCAUCUUGCAAGUGUUAGUUUCGAUACAGUCAAUGAUUCUAUGCGAGAAUCCAUGGUACAACGAGCCUGGGAGAGAAAUGAACGAGAGCAAGGGUCAGAGUACCAAGUACAAUAACGAAGUGCGCUCAUGGACUAUCCAGUAUGCCAUCUAUCCGUGGGCCAGCGCCAUCAGUGCAACUACAGCACAUCCAGAGCAGACACAGCAAGUUAGCUCUGCCUGGCGCUCACUCGCUCAGACCCAUCUCCGUAUCUUUGGUCGCGAAAUUGAUUCAAUCUCGUCGGCUGCCGCGCGGAACAGCAAGUUCUUUGGGCUCGAGGCAUCAGCACGCAGUCUGCACGAAGCAUUAGAUAAGCAGGGCUACCUGGCUUAG